AUGUUUAUUUAUGGAAGAGACCAGCAGGCCUUUCAUCUUCAGCGAACCGAAGUCGAAAAGUGGUUUUCACGGCUCAACAUUAUUCUUCUAGCGGUGCAGGUGAUUUGCUUCUUUGCCUCGAUUAUUCGAUUUGGUAUUUAUUCCACGCAUUUCAUGUACAACAGCGUCUUUACUAAGUCCGAAUUGCGUCUCAUUUAUGAUAUUCUCGAUCCCACUUGUGUCUACCCCGUGAAAACAUCGCUGGGUAUUUUUAGAAACCUGGAGUAUAACCUGUCCAUGAAGAAUGUUGAAUAUAUCGUCGAUCGCAAUAUGCUGGACAUGCGUUAUAUAUGGGCGGUGACCGGGUUAUGUUUAGGCUUUAGCAUCAUUAAUUUCAUUUGGUAUGAGGUGAAUUCGCACGAGGUGCGCUAUCAUUUUGUGGUCUUCCACAAAGACAUGAUCAUGACGUGGGAGGUGGUUUUGCUGGUUCUCGGGAUGGUCCUGACCUUCUCGGUGUCCCAGCAAAACCAGCUGCUGAAUGAGUAUAUUAUGCACUGCAUCAACCCCUCCCCGACCUCGCGGGUAAUCUACACCCCGCUGGCGACGUUGUUCGAGCUGCACAUCUUCUACGUCGCCAGUUUGCUCGCGAUCGGGGUGAACGUCGUCUUCGCGGUGGCGAAUUUGCUGCGGAAGAACCCGCGAAAGGCCUUCUUGAGCAAGGCCGCCGCGCAGGUCGAGAUGUGGCGCCAUCUGCAGGCCCAGGGCCACCCGCCCGAGGUCCCCCAGGCCCUCCCGCGCGAUUCCGCGGCCGGCCCGGCGCCCGAGGGGGUUCGCGAGGGGCUUUUGUACGCCUCGACGCUGCGGAAAACCCCCGUCGGCGAGCCGGGGAAGGCGUCGAGGCCCUCGAGGGACAUCCCGCGGCCGUCGUCCCGGGAUCCAUUGAACCGCCCGCACCCCGGGCGGGAGGGGGAGGGGCCGGAAAAGCCCAACGUCCCCAGCGUCCCUUGCAAGGUCUUGGGCGUGCACGAGGACCCGAUGGACCCCGCCCCGGAGGCGGGGCGAUCGCCGGCGAAGGGCUCGGAGAAGCAGGCCACGCACCCAUCCCCGGGCCUUCAAGGCGGCCCAGAUCGGACCACCGGGGAGGGGGGGAAACCCUCCGAGGAGCGCACCAUGAGCAAAGGUCCCCACUAA